GCCCACAGCUGCGGCCGCCGCGCCCCGGCCCCGCACACCUCAGCGGGCGGCGGGGGCCACGCGGCCCAGCGGCAGCCGCGAGCGCCCCCCCACCCGGAGCCUUCCGGCGAGCCGAGGAGGGGCCAGCCGGGGAGGCGCAGAGGCGGGAGGGCGACCUCCGAGCUGCCUGCGGUUCCUCAGAAAGUAAAGCUCAGCUCGCUGGCCGCGCCGGGCUCCCGGCCGCCGGCGGGGGCGGGGCGGGGCCGGUAGGGGGUGGUCUCGGCGCCCAGCGCGAGGAUUACCGAGAGGAUGGGAUGGAUCUAGGCAGUGACGCCGGCAGCAGCAGCAGCAGCAGCCGCGCCAGUUCGCAGUCCAACUCCACCAAAGUGACCCCUUGCUCCGAGUGCAAAUCCUCGUCGUCGCCGGGGGGCAGCCUGGACUUGGUGUCUGCCCUGGAGGACUAUGAGGAGCCCUUCCCGGUCUACCAGAAGAAGGUGAUUGAUGAGUGGGCGCCGGAGGAGGACGGGGAGGAGAAGGAAGAGGAGGACGAGCGCAACGAGCGAGGAUACCGGGAUGACCGCUGUCCUGCCCAGGAGCCGGGGGACGUGAGCGCCAGGACCCGCAGCGGCGGCGGCGGGCGCAGGGGGGCCACCACCGCCAUGCCGCCCCCCGUGCCCAACGGCAACCUCCACCCGCACGACCCCCAGGACCUCAGGCACAAUGGCAACGUGGUGGUGGCCGGCCGGCCGAGCGGCUCCCGGGGCCCCCGCCAGGCGGUCCAGAAGCCUCCGCCGGCGGGGGGGCGGCGCGGCGGCCGGGGACGGGCUGCCGGGGGCCUCUGCCUUCAGCCCACGGACAGCGGGACCUGCGUCCCGGAGGAGCCCCCGGUGCCCCCUAUGGACUGGGAGGCGCUGGAGAAGCAUCUGGCUGGGUUGCAGUUCCGGGAGCAGGAGGUGCGGAACCAGGGCCAGGCGAGGACCAACUCCACCUCCGCACAGAAAAAUGAGAGAGAAUCUAUCCGACAGAAGUUGGCGCUUGGAAGCUUCUUUGAUGAUGGCCCAGGAAUUUAUACCAGCUGUAGCAAAAGUGGGAAGCCAAGCCUUUCCUCCCGCCUGCAGAGUGGGAUGAACCUGCAGAUAUGCUUUGUCAACGACAGCGGCAGCGAUAAGGACAGCGACGCCGACGACAGCAAGACGGAAACCAGCGUGGACACCCCCUUGUCUCCCAUGAGCAAACAGAGUUCUUCCUAUUCUGAUAGAGACACUACUGAAGAGGAAUCUGAAUCCCUGGAUGACAUGGAUUUCCUCACAAGGCAAAAGAAAUUGCAAGCCGAAGCCAAGAUGGCCCUUGCCAUGGCCAAACCAAUGGCCAAAAUGCAAGUAGAAGUGGAAAAACAGAACAGGAAAAAGUCUCCUGUCGCUGAUCUCCUGCCACACUUGCCUCAUAUAAGUGAAUGCUUGAUGAAAAGAAGUUUAAAGCCCACUGACCUGAGAGACAUGACUAUUGGGCAGCUACAAGUGAUAGUCAAUGAUCUCCAUUCCCAGAUAGAAAGCUUGAAUGAAGAGUUGGUCCAGCUGCUCCUCAUCCGAGAUGAGCUGCACACGGAGCAAGACGCCAUGCUGGUGGACAUCGAGGACUUGACCAGACAUGCUGAGAGUCAGCAGAAGCACAUGGCCGAGAAAAUGCCUGCAAAGUGAAAAGAAGCCAUCCAACCAGAGGACAAGCUAGAAUUUAUUUUGCUUCUGUGGUUGUAAAAAUGCUGUCGCUAAAGGUGGCGCAGAAACAAACAAAUAUCAGUGUUAGUCAUUGAUAAUGUCUGAAGCUUAAUGUCCAGUGAUUGGCCUUUGCUUCUUAAUUUAUUUUAAUUUUUUUACUGUGCCACUAAAUAUCAGGCAUUUUAAUAAAAUAUUGUUACAAAAAUGUACAGUACUUACACCAUCAUAAAUCAUGGUUAAUCAAAGAGGGUAGUUUUAACUUUAUUUUUAUUUGUUUAGAGAUUUUGAGUUGGAGCAGUAUUCUACCAUUGACUGCUUUCAUUCUUCACUGUAGUUUUAAGGAACUGUAAAUGACGGUGCUAUCCAAGUCAAAAAAUACAUGCCUGCCUCGUAGUGAAGUUGUAGCUCUCCGUAAUAUGUAUAUUUUAAUCAGUUUUCAACAUUUUGUGAAUGUUGACUACCUGAAGUUCAUUUUUAGAUGUGCUAUUAACAUUCUGUUGGAUUCAGAGGGUUCCUUAAAAGUUUUAUGUAUAAAUAUGUAAAAUAAAAAUUAAAACUUUGUUUCAUA